AUGAACAAAAUGUAUUUAGUUUGUAAACAUCUUUAGAGGAAGUAACAUCAUUUUUUUAACCACAAAAUAAAAUAUAAAGAAAUUUGAAUAAUAGAAAGAAAGAUUAAUAAAAAUGGGAACUAUAAAAGAUAUUUUUAAAAUAAUUUUAGUGAUACAGCUACUAACCUGUGCCUUAGCCUUCUACGGUCAUCCCGAUGCUGAAACUAUAGACUUUGGUUCACCCAGCCAACCCUCACGUGACCAAUUGAUUAUAGAGGCCGCCAUUAAGCGUGGCAUGGAUGGUGAUGCUGUAGCCGAAUUGUUGCGCACCAAACAACCAGUAGUCAGAACAACCACCAGUCCCGGUGGUAGGACCAAAACAACCACUUACAAACUAGAACCUGAUGGCAGUAUAUCCAGCAAAUCGCUUAUAUCACAAAGGCAUAGUUAUGUCUAUAAUUCCGAUAACAUACCCGAUUCUAUACCCAUAGAUGACCUAAGAAAAUCCCCCACCGGAACCGUGACACGUACCUUUACCGACAGCGAUGGCAGCAAGGUGACACAAACUAUUGGUGUUAGUAAACCAAAAGCAUCGACCGUCUUGGAUGAUGAUGAUUUAAGUGGAGAUUGGUUUAGCAAACCAUUCCCCUCAUUUCCAGAGGAGAAACCAUACUCAGCACCAUCUAGUAGUUCGCAUAGAACUAUUACCCGCACAUUUACGGGUCCUAAUGGCGAAAGAAGAACUGUACAAACUUUUUCUUCAAAUCCAGAAUUUUCAGAUCCGGAAACAUCUUUUACUGCUGCACACCAACCAUCCACAACUAACUUUAAUACAAGAACAAGUACUAGAACUUAUGUUAAACCGAAUGGAGAAAGACAUGUUAUACACACCACUUCCAACAAUCCAGAUCCACAGGAUUUUAACAAUAAACCAAGAUUCCCUUCAAUAGGCAACUUUAAUUGGCCCAAUUCCUAUGAACCAUCCUGGGAUACAGCAGAUCCUGAAGAUUCUGAAGAUGGCUGGGAGGUAGUGGCAGAUCCUGAAUUUGAAACCACGACAAAGAAAGCAUUUGCAUGGACACCCAGAACCUGGGAUUGGCCAGAAUUUACAACAAAACCCACCACCACCACCUCCACUACCACAACUACAACAACUGCCAAACCCAAAUUUCAUGCACAGCCACGCAAGCCUUUGCCAAAUUUAGAUGACUUCCUAAGAAACCAAUAUGGAGCUGGAACCAAUGCAGCACCAGCCACAACCACUGUUAAAACUGAAACCAAAACACCGCAAUAUUUAACAACAACCAUCCCUACGCCCAGCUCUACCCAGCACAAGGUUAUCAAUAUCGAGGAUUUGCCAGUUAUGGAUAUUUUACACAAUGGCAAACCGGCCGAUGAAACCAUACUUAGAAAUCUACCAGCCCACUUGACACCCGGCACCCAAAAAGAGCAGGUUUUGAAAAUAAAUAAUAUAAAACCCAUUGAGGGUGAUAUUGAAAUCUUUACCCCCCAAAAAAAUAUACGCACCUUCUCUAAGACACACAUUGGACCCGAAAAGCCCGCUCUCCAGGAUUUGGAUCCACAAAUGCAAGAAGUUUUGAGAAAGGCGGGCAUUAGUCCAGACGAUAUAACCAACAUAGAUGGAGAUACCAUAACAAAAACACGCACCGAACCAGAUGGUCGCGUUAUAACCACCACCUACAAAGUGAAUACGGUGCCUGCAAAACCAGCUUCAAACAUAACACCCGUGCAACAUCAUUAUGUACCACCAGCACCAGCACCUUCUGCACAUACUUUUAAUUCCUACCAACCUUCUUCAUCACAUCUGGCACCUUUGGCACCCCAGCUAAGUCCCAUUUCCGAAUUCUUGGCUCUUUUGGGUUUAACGAAAUUCGACAUUACUUCCAGGAAUGGUCAUUACUCGAAAACCUUUAUCGAUGACAAUGGUGAAAUUUUGACAGCUACAUUUGUUUUGAGUGCUCCUAGAGGUGUGGAGAGACAUGAAAAGCCCAGACCGAAACCAUAUAAAUGAGGUUUUUGGUGGUAAUAAUGAAUGCUUUAUAAAUGUAUAUAAUUAAAUCCCUUAAGUAUGCUAUAGAAUUUAAGAAAACCUUAUACAUAUUUGGCCAUAAUUUGGUACAUAAUUGAGAAUAAUUGUUUGAAUUUAUGCAAAAUAAAACGAAAUUAAAU